AUGUGCUCCUGCUUCUGCUUGUACAUUUUAAAGGAGACUUACUCCGCGGGCCUCGUCGCCGCCGUCCUCGGUGGCGCGGUUCCAGUAGACGUGCUCGAUCAGCGAGUAGAGAAUACGGCCGAUACCGAAGGACGGCUCGAUGACGUUGGGGGUGUACUCCCUAGUGUUCUCGACGCGCUUCCUGAACUCGACCUUGACAAGGUCCUUGCUGACCUUGACGGUGCCGUUGCCGACGCCGGCAACCUCGAGCUCGAGCUCGCCGUUGUCGGUGAGCUGCUUGGCGAGCUUCUCGCGCUGCUCCUGUGUGGUGGCCUCGAGGGCAGCCUCGACCGUCUUGCCGUCCUUCUUGAACUGGGGACCAAAUUUCUUCUUGUCAAUCUCGACCUGCCACUCCUCGAAGACGCGGGGCUCGUCGAGGCGCUCGCGCACGACCAGAGGGGCGCCCGUCUUCUUGGCGUGGACGGACAGGUCGUAGGCGCUGCGGUCUGCGCAGCCGACACACUCGAUCCAGCCGGAGGAGGUGAGGAGCUCGGCGUCCCAGCAGUCGGCGGCGUAGUGGGCCAUCUCGUUCUGCAUGUGCUGGCGGAAGCGGACCUUGGACAUGUCGACACCAAUCUUCUGCAGGAAGAGGUGGAUGCGGGCGAUGAAGUAGCCAAGCGUCUCGUUGUCGACGACCUUAUUGCGCACGGCGUCGCCAAUCGUCAUCUUCUUGACGUCCGUCUUGCCGGCGAGCUGGGUGUGGCGGUCCAGCAGGGUGAGCUCGACGGCCUCGACCUCGUGGAAGCGGUGGUGCUUCUUGCCGCCCUCGGGGUCGACAAAGUGCUCGAUCUCGGCCAUGAGGAACUCGCGGACUCUCAGGAGGCCGGCGCGCGGGGAGAUCUCGUUGCGGUAGGAGCGGCCAAUGGAGGCGGAGGCGAAGGGCAUCUGCUGCAUGUUGAAGUCGAGGAGCUUGGCAAAGUUGAGGAACUGGCCCUGGGCAGUCUCGGGGCGCAGGUAGCCGGGCAGGUUGCUGCUGGGGCCAAUGGCGGUCUGGAACAUGAGGUUGAAGGCGACGGGGGGCGAGGGCUGGACGCCGGUGGCCGGGUUCUUGAGGUCGUACUUCUUAAUGAGCUCGCCGAGUUCCGCGCCGUUGUAGUUGUCGAUCUUGGCCAGAACCUCCUCGUACUCCUGGACGACGGCGUCGUCGAGCUUGACGGCCUCAGCCUUUGUCUUUCUCUUCUUCUUCUUCUUGGGGUCGUCCUCCUCCUCAACCUUUUCGCCGCGGGCCUCCUUGUCGCCCUUGAGGCGGGACUCGAGUACGUCCUCGACGAAGUGGUCGGCACGCAGGAUGUCGCCGUUCUUGGGAUCCUUGCACAUCCAGUCGGCGAACUUGUCGACGUGGCCCGAGGUCUUGAGGACCUCGUGCGGGGUCAGGACGGUGGUGUCGAUCUCGAGCAUGUCCUCCUCGAGGAUGAAGUGCUUGCGCCAGAGGUCGACGAUGUUAGCCUGCAGGGAGCAGCCGGGGGGGCCGUAGUCGAAGAGGCCGGCGACGCCGCCGUAGAUCUCGAAGGCCGGCGUGAAGAACAGGCGCCGGCGUAG